UUCUGAAAUAUACUAUGAAAAAUUACCUUUAUUACUGAAAUUUGUCUUUUUGCAAACUAUAUAAUAUAGAAAAAUAAUAAAUUGUUGUCAAAAUUUGCCUAAUUGAGGUUAGCUUUUGCUUUUAUUUGUAUUUAUAACUUUAUAAACAUAACUUAAGCAAAAGAAGGUAAAAUGACGGCCCCAAUGGAACGAAUUCAAGUACUAGAUUCUAUAGAAAAAGAUAUAAUAACGUGCCUUCACAGUGCAGGACAAGUAUUUGUAGAGCUCGGUAAAGAAAAAUCCAGUUUAAAACAAGCAGAAAACCACACACAGAUGUUCCUCAAAACAUUAAGCGCUGUAGAGAACAAACUAACCGACCAAAUCAAUUACUUAACCCAAGUGUCUACUGGACAGCCUCAUGAAGGCUCUGGUUAUGCCUCCCAGAAAGUGCUACAAAUGGCUUGGCAUAGACUGGAACACGCCAGAUCCCGAGUGAACGAAUUGGAAAGAUACAAAAUUAAACAUAUGCAAGGAAGAACUGCACAAAGAAGUAUUACAGCCCCAGCUAAUGUAACGUCUUCAGCUUCUGGUAUAAGUGGGCAGAAUAUACCACCAGGUUCUGCCACAUAGUGUUUAGUUUUAGUAAUUGGUGUACAUAUUGUGAAUGAAGAUUUUUUUACUAUCUUAGGUUAAGAUUUUAAUCCUAUAAAAUAAAAUUUUUGGAUGUGGAAAAUAUAAAUUAAAGAACUUUUCUUUUA